AAAUUAUCCAAAAUCAAAGAAAAAUAGCAGAAAAUUAAAUUUAUUAAAAAUAAUGGAUUCGGUAAACGAGAGGCGUUUAAGGAUUGUUUUCGAUGCUAUCGAUUUGGGAAACAAUAAGAAGGCACUUCAAGAGGUCGAGAAGGUUUUGAAGAAAACGCCAAACUUAAAAACUGGAUUAGCACUCAAAGCAUUAUCAUUAAUUAGACUAGGAAGAGAAAGAGAGAGUCAACAGAUUAUCAAUGAACUCGAAAAGGAUCCUGAAGAUGAUUCGACGCUGCAAGUUAUGACUUAUUGCUAUCGAGAAUUAGAUCAGUUGGAUAAAAUAUGCAAAGUUUAUAGUGAUGCUGCAAAGAAAAUGCCGGGAAAUGAAGAGCUCUUGACACAAUUAUUCAUGGCUCAUGUACGUGUCAACGACUAUAAAUCUCAACAAACUGUCGCUUUGCAGCUAUUUAAGGCAAAGCCGAAAAAUCCUUACUAUUUUUGGGCUGUUAUGAGCGUCGUUCUUCAAGCUUUACGUGGAUCAGAAUCCAAAGAUAAGCAAAAGGCAAAAGUUCUACUGUCUCUUGCUCAAAAAAUGAUUGACAAGAUCAUUAAGGAGGAUAAAAUCGAAGCUGAACAAGAAGUGCAGUUAUAUCUAAGUAUCCUCGAAUAUCAGGAAAAGUAUGAAGACGCACUUGAAUUCCUUCAAUCUAAAGUGUGCAUUGAAAAGUUUCCUGGUGCACCGAUUACAAUUAAAAUUGAAAUUUACAAGAAGCUCAAAAAAUGGAAGGAACUUAUGAGUUUGUCCCAAGAACUCCUUCAAGAAGAUCCUGAUAGAUGGGAUUAUUAUCAAGAUUAUCUAUUGGCAUGUUUCGAACUAGUAAAGGAUGGAGACAACUCGGUCAUUGAUUUAAGCUUUAAUUUUAUCACCGAUAUUCUAAAAUCAAAUAGCAAAGUGAGGGGACCAUACUUAGCUCGAAUUGAAAUGCAUAAACGAAUGCGAAAUAAUAAUUUGGAUCCAGAGAAACUUUUUGGCGACUAUCAAGACCUGUUGAUUGAAUAUUUUAGUAUAUUUGGAAACAAGAAGUGCUGUGUCAAUGAUUUAAAAAUGUUUUUAGAACAUCUACCCGUUGAACGUCGUUCAAACCUAGCUUCAAAGCUUCUUCAAGAUACUGGAAUUAGUUCAACUACUUUGCCACAAAAUAAGGAUCAACUGCAGAAGCAUAUUUGUUCAUUGCAAAUCUCUCGAUUAUGUGGAUCACAUUCAGCUUUAUCGAUUGAACACUUACAAGCUCUUUAUUCAGCAUUAACAUUGCAUUAUGAGCAUAGUUUUAGUGCUUUUGGAAAGGAUUUAUUAUCCACAGAUAUCGGACCAUCAGAUCAGUAUUCGAUUUUAGCUGCACAUAUAAUGUACGAUAUAGCAAUCAAAUCAAAUUCAUCAUAUCGACUCAUCGAAACGCUUCACUUUCUCAAUUAUUUAUUGAAAAAUAGUCCAAGUAAUUUCCAUGGAAAGCUUUUAUGUCUGCAAAUCUUUCAUAUUCUUGGUUGUGGCAUGGGUGCUCAUAAAGUUUAUGAUUCGCUAGACAUUAAGCACAUUCAACUUGAUUCCAUGGGAUAUCUUCAUUGCGCUCAUUUACCUUCGACUGCUUUAGCAUCCUUAUCUAAGCCAAUUUAUGAUCAAACAUUAAAGUUCUUUACUGCAUCUUAUAAAGAUAGUUUGGAAUAUCUCGCAAUGUCAUACAAAUAUGGUUCGUUCUCAAAACUUCAGGAAUUUAUGGAUUUUCGUGAAAAACUAUCUAAUAGUUUGCACUAUUCUAUGGUUUCCGUCGAAGCUCUACUUCAAGAGAUUAUUGCUUUUAAUGGAACGAAUCAACAAAAUUAUUUACAAUUUCAAAAUAUGAAAAUUGAACCAAAUGAAGAUCGCAUAAAUUAUGAAGAAUUGACAGACAAUCGUGAUUUAAAUGUUAUGCUUCGAUGGGAUCCAAUAAGAGAUGAGAAUAAUGAAUCGCUUUAUGAUAAAAUUAAGGAAAUUGAAAAGGAAAGUUUUAAUCAAGACGUAGUCCUUCUUCGAAUUAGAUCAACUUUAUUGAGACUUGUUGCAUCGUCAGUCGAACUGAUUCAUACACCAUAUAGAAGCUUAAAUACCAAAGAGCAGAAUGGUCACAGUUCAAAUUCUUCUGUUGAAGAUGGCGAUGAAAGUCAAACAAUUCUAAUUGAUACUUGGGAUUCACAUUUUAAACUCAUUGAAAUACUUAAGUACCAACAAAGUUCAUCGCAAUUUCUAGUCAAUUUAUUGCCAUCACGGCUUCAUGUUAUAUUACAAUUGCCUUACAAUAAGGUAUUUUCAUUGUUAGGAAAAUUUGUACACAAUUUAUGGAUGAGUAGUGUUGAAACAAAGGAAUUAGGAAAAGCAUUACAACAAGCCUUUUUGGAUUUAAAAUCCUUUAUUGAAACUUUGGAGCCCGUUAACGAAACAUCUAAUUUAUUUUAUUACCGAGAUUUACAAGCCAAAUUUAUUGGAUGUGUUGAGAUAAUGUCAUUGUGCUCGUUUGUUUUGUCAUUUUGUUAUGAUAAAUGCAGUCAUAAUCAACCACAAACUGUAUCCAAAAAGAAGAAGCAACAAUCGAAUUUGGAAGUAAAUGAAAAUUCAAAGCAAAUUACGAUAAAGGAAAAGAUUUCAUUGAUCACGGACAUAAUGAGGAAUCUUAAGAGUGCACUUAAUUCAGCUGAAAAUUCUCUAGAGAAAUUGAAGCCAAUAAAAGUGGAGAAGAAUCUGAACGAAUAUCUUGCAUCCUUAUCAAUUACUCCAAAAGAAUCUAAUAAGACUAAUAAUAGUGAAACAGCUAGUGUCAUAACGACCGUUAAUAUUGACAUUCACACUAUUUUCGAUGAAAAUUAUCAGCAGAGCGUUAAGGAACUUUCAAUGUUAAUAAAAGAUAAACUGAAACUGAUUAACGUGAAGUAGGAAAUCUUGAGAUUUUCAUACGUUUUGUUUUAAAGCGAAGCAGUAAGAAGUAGAAUAAGCUUUUUCUAUAAUUCAAAAGAAAAGUGGUCAACAAGAAACAACAAAAAAUAUUCAAUUAUAAAUUAAUUAUGUUAUGAUGAAAGACAUAAAGAUGAAAAGUUGAAAAA